CUCCGUCUCCAGGGAGGAAGCGAGGAGAAGUCGUCGGUGUCGGAGUUCUACAACCCCCUACAGUCCCAGUCCACCGAGUCGGAGGGAGAAUCCUCGGAAGCCUUCGAAGUGAGCUUCGCCCCGCCCCCACCUCCCCUCCCGGAGAAGAACCUGAGCUUCUCCUCCUUCGGGAAAGGCUCGCAGGACGGAGACAAAGCGAAGGACCCCGAGGAAUCGGGGCAGGGGCACACGCCGCUGUCCGAGAGUGCGAGCUGUGACGCCAUCGCCGUCAUCGCCAAGGGGGAAACGAAACGGCCCGAAUACGAGUUGAGGGACCAGUUCAAGGAAGAGCUUCAGUCUGCGAUCAGGCAAUUCCUCCUCUCGAGGAACAAGAAGAAGGCUCUGCCGGACCCGAAACCCGAGGUGAUCCCACCCGACUCCCGAUCGUCUUCGUCGACCGAAGAGGACUAUUACAGCGUGAAGGAAGAGGAUCAUUCCAACGGCAGCCCCCUCUACGAGACCCUGUCGAAGCAUCAGGGCAGACUCGUUGCGAAGGAGAUCCCGGACUCGGACGGGUCCACGGUGUUCGACGACUUCUCGGACGAAGAGGAACCGAUCUACGAGAACGAGAACGUGUGCGAGGAUGAACCCCUCUACGAGAACAUAGAGUAUUCGGAGAAACAGUUGGUCGAAGUGGACGGCCUGAUCCGGAGGGCCGUGAAGCCCAAAGUCCCCCCGAAGCCGGGUGAAGCCCCGAAGCCGGGUGAAGCCGCGAAGCCAGGUGAAGAAAUCGGCGAUUUCCUCCACGUGGAAACGGAUCCUUCCAGUUCGGUGACGUCAUCGUUGACCCCGCCGGAGAAGCUCUCGCCGGUCCCCGAAGACGACGGGAUGGACCCCGAAGACGACCGGAUGGACCCGGACGACCUCCCUCCCCCGCCUCCGGAGCUUCUCGUUCCGCCGCUGGAAUCGAAGGAUUGCGUCAUCGAGGGCCGAGAUCGAGAACCGGUCGGCAUCAUUCGAGAGACCGAUAAAGUGAGCCUGUCCGUCCAGAUGGAAAGGUCGGAAGGGAUCGUCCGAGACGGGAAGACCAUCAUCGAGAUCCACGACGAACCCGGCGAACCCGAGGGCCACGAGGUCACCCUGGUUUCCGUCGAACCUUCGGUGAGUCUGGUGGACGGGAUCUAUACCGCUUCCUGCGUGCAGGUUACUCCGGACUCCCAGCCCUGUUCGCUGGUCAGUUACGCGGAGAUCGAUCUGAAGGGAUGUCACGACUACGUGAACAUCCCGGAAGAGGGAGGCCCGGGUCCGUUUCACGAUUACGUGAAUCUUCCGUCCCGGGACGACCGCGACUACGUGAACGUGCCGGGCAAGGUGGGGGAGAGCCUGGACGGGAACGACGAUUACGUCAAUUUCACGGCGGAAGUUCGCGAGUCCGUGGCGGAGACGCUGAGGCUGUGCGGCGCGGACCUCAACAACAAUCACGAUUAUGUCAACUUUCCGAAAGAGGACGCGGGGGAUUACGUGAACCUGACCGGGCGCGAUGACGGCGAUUACGUGGACAUCGACGAGGCGGCUCGAGCGACGGGAGACGAAGGGAAUUCCGUCGAGAACCGUCGAGACGAGCCCGAGACGAGCGAAUUCUCGGUCCGCGAAAAUCCGUCCGAAGAUUCCGAGAGCCGAGAUCGGCCUUGCGCGUCUGGAGAAUCCCCGAUCGCACCCGAAAACCCAAAGAAGGAAGAAGUAGAAAAGCAGAAAUUAGAAUCCGACAUCGAGCCCAAGAUCGAACGAGUCGCGAAGUCGACCGAAGGCGAAAAAACCGCUGACGUCCGCGAAACCGCGGAAACCCCCGCGUCGGAAACCCCCGAAGCGGCCGCGAAGGACGGGAGCCUGACGCUGAAAGACAUCGAGAUCGAACGCCGGCGGAUCAUCGAAACCCAGACGGUCCGGAUGAAGUACAUCGACACCUGGAUCAAGAGCACCGAGGCCCACUCCCUCAGCAUGCGCCUGGCCCUCGAGGAAGACCGAGAGGAAGACCGAGAGGAAGACGGCGAGUCGAAGCAGGAAGCGGAAGCCAGCCGCAAGAAAUACGAAGAGAGGAAAAAGGCUCGCGGAGACAAACCGCCCGAGCAACGGCCGACGCCGAAGGCUGAAGGUGAGUUUCGCUGA